GCGCGCGAACUACCAUAUCCGCGACGCGACGGCAACUUCUCAGGCGGACAGUACUUUCCAGCACUUUCCAGUCUAUUUUGAUACAAUGAAGCCGUUGAUUGAGCUGGAACAUAUUUUUGACGCCUUCCGAGGAUUCGGAAGGCCUUUAAAAGAAGCUCGUGAAGCCCUGACAAACCUCGUGGUGGUAGGAAUCGCCGCGAAAACUGCAAAGGAGGUGACCGUGGAGGCGCUGUACGUGAGUCCAACCAAGAUCAGCGAACCGCCACAUAAAAUUAAUAUCUGCGUACAAACUUCAGCCAAAGUGAAAGUGGAGGAGAAGAUACUCUCUAUUAGUUGCUCCUGUUCGUCUGGAUCAUCAAAAGCACGUUGCUGUAAACAUGCUAUGGCAUGCCUAAUAUACCUAGAGAGGAACGACAAAUCGACACUGGAAACAGUGACAUGCUCUGACAUGGAAGAGUGUUUGGGAGGACUCCCAGAGAAGACCAUGAGUGAGUUGGAGGACGUCCCUUUGGCUGAGUUUUGUCACUUUGGGGAGCCAGAGUCUCUAAACCGCCGUCCCGUUUUAGAGGAAAUUCCUGAGGAACUUAAGGAAGAAUUUAGAAAAAGGUUAUUGGAAGCCCAUCCAGAAUCUGAAGCUGCAAUUUUCUUCAGUGGUGUGAGACAAAAGAUCAAUUCAGACUCAAAUCCUGACGAAAGGAAUGGUGUAGGAUCGAAUUUAAUUAGGUCUGUGAUCGUUCAAAAAGCUCUCCGAAAUCCAAGUUACAUAUUGAAGAUGGCUCAGGAAUUAGGAGAGUCUCUCUACAAUAAAUGUACUGCUGAAGAAAAAAAUUAUUAUGAUAAACAUGUAAAAUUCCAUGAAGACCAAGUUUUGGAUGCUUUUUCAUUAACACCUGAUAGUGAGAACUGGUUUGAUUUGACGUAUGGACGACUGACUGGAAACAUUAGCUACGGCUUCUACAAAUACUAUGAGAAUAUGGAGAAACAUUCUGAAAGUGAUUGGAAUAAUAAAAUAAGUGGGUCAUUCAGUCCUUAUGGUUUUGCUGAUCAAGCCAAGAAAGAGGUAAAUUUGUAUGACUUUGCAGCUUUGAAAUGCUAUGAAAAAAAGAAUCCGGGAAAGAAGAUUGAGCAAGCAGGUGUAUUUAUUAGCCCCCUCGCUCCUUGGCUUGUGUGCAGUGCAGACGGUGUAAUAUUAGAGGAUGGGAUAGUGGACCGGUUGUGGGUAGUCAAAAAUCCAGUGAAAGGGGCGACACAUAAUGCUGCCACCAUUUGCAAUGUUGCACCUUGUAUGAAAGAAAAUAAGCUGAAGAAGAAGCACAAGUUUCAAGGUCAAGUACAACUUGGUAUGCUGCUCUUGUCAUUGCCUAUCUGUGAUUUUACAUUGUACUGCCAUAAGGCUGAUGAAGUAUUUGUGGAUACUGUUGAGUUCAAUGAUAAAUUCUGCCUAAAAUAUGUAACAAAUCUGACCAAUGCUUUCUUCACUAAAGUUCUGCCGUGGCUGGCCUUGAAUGUCGAGAUUUGAAAAAUGUGAUUCAUCUCAUUCUUAGUUCACUAUAUAUGAUAACUUAGUGCUUUUAUUAUUAAGUGUGUAAGCUUUUAUACUUUCAUACGUUUUUGAAAUUUUUUUAAAGAAUAUAAAGUAACACCAAUAAUUAUGAA